CCGUGCCUCGGCGACUGCGUCGGCGCGAGGCUGUAUGUUAGGGGCGGUCGUCCUGAGCGUGUGCCGGGAGUAGACGCGGACGCUGGCGCGUAUUGGAGGAUGUGGUUGUAUUUCGCGCUUUGACUUUCUUGGCUGUACGUUUUGCCGCUGACUCUGGAAACGCAACCGGUAGCCUCAAGCAAGAGACAGGAUUUCGGCCCCGGAAGCGCGGAUCUGAGGGGAGAGGGGACUCGGGCCCUGGAGUCCGCGGUCUGACGCCGGAGACCGCCCUGCCCGGCUCUUGGAGAGCAGCCGGAGCGCCGCGAAGUGGAGAACAAGGGUCCUCACCCCUUCAGCGCCUCGCGUCCGGAGGGACGUGGAGGCCAGAGCCCGAGGUCGGAAUAAACUCCCGCCGGCUUGGCCCCCUCCGGCCAUUCCGUCCCCAGCCUUUGCCGUUCUCCUGCGGAGAUGACUGCGGACCGGCCGUUGCUGGCCGUGCGGGAGGCGCUCAGGCGCUGCUUCCCCGCCGUGGAGGAGCAGCAGGGGCUGUGGCAGGGCGCCCUGCGGGACUGCCAGCCCCUAGUGGCCGCGCUCAGCAACCUGGCCGAGCAGAUGCAGGCCUCGCAGAGCGUGCGCUUCGAGGACGUGCCGGCGCUCCGGGCCUUCCCCGACUUGCAGGAGCGGCUGAGGCGCAAGCAGCUGGAGGCGGGAGACGCCGUCCUGGACAAGCUCGGGGAGAGGCUAGCCACCCUCCUCAAGGUGCGCGACACGGUCAGCAGCCAGGUGGAGCGAGUGUUCCAGGUGUAUGAACAGCACGCGGACACGCUUGGCCUGGACGCCGUCCUGCAGCCCUCGGCGGCGAGCCCCUCUGUGGCCGACAUGUUAGAAUGGUUGCAAGACAUGGACAGACAUUACCGAAACUCGUACCUGAAGAGAAAGGACCUCCUCUCCUCCAUCCAGUGGGGAGACUUGGCCAGCAUCCAAGCUUUGCCCCAGGCCUGGGACCGAAUUCCAGAAGCGGAACACCAAGAGUUCGUGCAAGAUACGCUGUUGAAUGUUUCGUUCUUCCUGGAAGAGUAAGGAAGCUGUGUGUUUCGCUGGAGAAAGGGGUGGAGGCGAGGCACCAAGGUCUCAGACUGACACUGCUCCGCCCUGCGGCUUCUUGGGAAAUGCCAGCAAUGCGGCCGCACCUAGCUGCAGGGCCAAGGCCUGGAGCCGAGGUCUGGGUUUGCGGAGCACUGGGGCUUCUCCGCGCGGCACACAGCUGACUCUGGGCCACGCUUGCCGUCUCCUGAGGCUCAGGGAAGUGGACAGAGGUCGAGAGUGAGCGGGAAAGGCAGAGCACAAGAACACGGCGUGGUUGUCUCCUUCCUAAGGCGCAGAGCGGCAGGGAGGGAGAGGACUGGGUACCUGGGCAGCAUCCGAAGCACCGAGUCUGGUGGACGGCAGGCCCUGGGCCCACGUGAUUGUGCCAGUAACUGACUCCCGGGCACAAGGAGGGUGGUGGUGAUGACUUAAAGAAAUAAAGGUGCUAUUGAUGGAAAACGUUUAAAAAUUGGUCUUUGACCCGUUUCCUAGCUCCUGAUUCUUGAGCCCCUUUCCAUUUCCAGAGCCUGCCACCAGGGGGCGGUGGUGCUGCAUGAGUGGCUCCGGAUGCCUUGUCCUGGGAGAGUGGCUCUGUUGCUGUAGGGUCUGAGAGCUGACUGAUUGCCAGUGUCCUGGGAGCUUCACCCGCAGGAAGACAGAAGCCCGGUGUCAAGCGGUCCUGGGGGCACUGUUGAGGCCCAUGCCUUCCUCUGCCGUGGUCAUGAUACUUCUAGAACGUUCACUUCCCCGGGGGGUGUAGAAAUCUUGAUCAUUGGAUGUAAUAGGGCUUAAUAAACAUGAAGACUUUUAUUUCA